AUGCCGCGUUCUUCCAGUGCCCUCCAGUUGCCGGCCCUUUUCGUGUUAACCAUCACCUUCACUUCUACAUUCGCACAGACGAACCGUAUAUUUCAGUGGCAAUUUGCGAACAACGUUCUUUCAACUUCUUUACCAACAUGCGUCCCAUUUUCGAUUAUUGUGAAACCAUUCAAUGUAAAACUCAACAAUACAUCUGGGGUUCCUCCGUAUUAUAUGAUUGCGUUUGCGACGGGGGGGACGCCCAGUACAACAUUGAUCGGGACGAAUAAUCGCACACUCAGUUGGACGGUUACGGAGCCCGUCGAUUCGACUGGUAGCGCUGGUGGCAUCCCGCCACAGCUUUUUCAUGUUAUCGCUGGCCAGACAACGCAAUGCGUCAUUGCGCCUUCAACAACGCCAGAGUUCACUGUCACUUCAAAUGUUACAAAUGGUUUGACGACCUGCCAACCUUGGGGCCUGUCGGUAAAGGGGGGUGUACCGCCGUAUAAUCUCACCCUCGCAGCAGUCAAUUCACCAAUUGUAACCAAUGUAACUUUACCAUUUGGCGACGAUCACUUUACGUACAUCAACAGGGCAGACCCUGGCACACAGCUGUUAGUACUGGGCGAUGGGCAACAGGAACCCCAAUAUUACCUACCAAAGCUGUACUUCACAGGCUCUACAGAUACCGACUGUGUUGGACUUGUCAGCUCAAGCGGAAAUUCAACAAUCAUUCAAGAACAACAAGAAGCUGCGGCAUCAGCCGCAGGUCUCAGAGAGCAGAAAAAGAAAACUUCCAUCAUCGUCGGCGUCUCCGUCUCUCUGGGCACCCUCCUUUUUUUCGGCGGUCUAACAGCCAUUGUUUUCCUCAGGCGACGAGAUGGAAAUAAACUUAAACCGCGACAAUUCCACAUGGAAGAUUCUAUACAAAGGGAUUCAACGAACAGGGUUCCAAGCCUGGUGUCUUCCAUGAUUAGCGAAAAACGCCUUCCUGCCCUUCCAAUUUCAUCCCUACCUCGUCGUACAGCAUCCACCUCAAAGAUAUCUCUUUCAUAUCCAACGACACAAGAAGUCCUGAGGGAUAUCUCCUCAAGGCCCGAUGAACUUGGCGAUUCGCGACGCAGCCACCAACCGAGCUCCGACCGGAGUCACCGAAAUUUUGCAAUUGCUGGCUUCCCUGCGCAACCUAGACGAAAAGCAGCAAAGUUCGCUAUAGGGACCUCCGUCCCUGAGUACCCACAUGAGAUUCCUCUUUCAGAGUUGGGGCGUAUAUCAGACACACCAUCUAUCAAUGGUCCUCGUGGCUCAAACCCGCUUGCAACAUUCAUUCCUGGUUCUAUAACAAAGGCAUGUCAGAUUGGAAAAUCCUUGACAACGACGUCAAACAUCCUUGUCCUAACUGGUGGCCAUCAGUUCCUACCAACCUUUGACGUCUGUUCCGAUGCCACGUCUGCCAUGCGAGUUUUGUAA